AUGGUAUACGGCGGAAAGCCAAGUACUGGCUGUCAGAACUGUCGAAUUCGACGUAUAAAGUGCGACGAAGCCCGCCCUCAUUGCGGGGCAUGCGUCCGAACAGGCCGAGAAUGUCCUGGUUAUAGGCAUCCACUUGAUGUUAUGUUGAGAGACCGGACAGCUUUUAGUCGGAAGAAAAAUGCGUCGCCGUCUCAUGCGGCAAAGAAAAAAGGGCGGUCUUCAAAAACAAACGAGCCCUCGCCAUCAUCGGAAGAGUCGGAUACUUCUUCAUUGGAUAUCGUUCCAGCUACAAAGCCUCAGAAGCCCCCAACACCAACCCUCGACAUCAUCCAGCCCAUUAAUAGGAGUCUACAUCUUCCGUUGGAGGAUACGGUAACCUCAUUCUUCUUCAACUCAUAUUUCCAUCUGCCUCGAGAUCCCCAAUUUAACAAUGGCUUCAUGGAGCUUCUGCCUCGAUCUUACUCUAACGCUACGUUCGGCUCCCAUGUACAUCUGAGCACAUUGGCCGUGUGUUUCUUCUCCGUUGCUGCUUGGACCGGUCAACGAUCUUUGCUUCGUACAUCAGAACAGUUCUUUGUGAGGGCUCUUCCGAAAAUCCGACAAGCAUUACACGGAGAUAUUGAUGGCAACUUGGAAGAUAUCCUCAUGACUGUGCUUUUGCUUUCUACGUAUGAGGUAGGUAUAGCUCGGACGUUAUGUCAUCACGUAUUAUCUGACGAGAUUACGCAGGAGCUUUCUGCCUUGAAAGAUCGGAAGAUGCCACAGAAGGCCCAUCUUCGUGGGGCAGUCGCAUUGAUUAACAGCAGGAACCCUAAGCGAUUACAGUCACCCUUAUCGACUACAAUGGCGUAUUCAGUUCAGACUCAAAUUAUUCGAACUUCUCAGGGCCUGUCAUAUCCUACUGUACAAACACCGGAUGUCUGGCCGUUGUCUCCGCCAGUGCAACCCUCAGUUCCAUCACGGUUAUCAAUGGCUGCUACUGGACUGGUAGAUCUUCGAUUGACAUGGGAAAAGUUGACAGCAACUCCAGAGCCACCCGAGAAAGAAGUUAUGGAUGUGUUAUCUAAAGCUCGAUCUCUUGAUAGCAAACUUCUAGCCUGGGCAAGCUCUGUUCCCCCGCAUUGGAUUCCAAUACCAGCCUCCGUCAUCCCCCAGUCAGUGCAGGAGACUGGGAUUUUCAAUGGCCGAUGCGAUUGCUACUCGGACAUGUGGGUGGCUUCUACAUGGAAUUCUUACCGUGAUUCCCGAAUCGUGGCACAAAACAUAAUCUUGGGUUGUCUGCGUUUUUUGGCCAAUGGGAGGUCCUCCAAUGAUGUCCAAGUUGCUGCAUCUACUAUUCAAAGUCUUGCAACUGAUAUUUGCGGAACCGUGCCUUACUAUAUUGGGAGUCAACAGAGGUCUUUUUGGGCGAAUCCGCAAAAGGUGGAAUAUCCCAAAGCAGAUGAACGGCCUGUUAACCCUGCCCAUCAGCAGAUGGCUCCGCUACUGGGCGGUUGGUUCGUCUUGUCUUACCUGGGCAGUCUCUGCUCUCCUGGUCUCUGUUUGAGCGAUAAACAGCUGGGUUGGAUCAAGAAACAAACUCAGCGGAUUUUGCAGAUUUACACUUUCGGUGGACAUAUCGGGGUAUAA